AUGGCUGUGCACGCCUUGCCGCGUGACGAGCGGCUGCAGUGCGACCGCCGCAGCGAGGCGCUUCUGGGCGAGACCCUCGCCGCCUUCGCCGGAUUCGACAGCGCCCGCCUGGACCCGACCGAGUGGAAGUUCCUGGCGCGCCGCGACCAGUUCACAGUGCACCGCGCCGUGUCGUCCAAGCGCCAGGGCGUCGACAGCCACAAGCGGCGCGUCAUCGCCAGCGGGUUCCUCACCGCCAGUCUGCACGACGUGUUGGGCGGUCUCUACGUCGAGGACGACCACGAGCUGCUCACCACGCAGGCGAUACUCAACCCCAGCGGCAACACGGCGGUGGACGCGGCCGUGCUGAUGAUAGCAGAGCGGCGACAGCCUCGAGCCGCGCCGUUCCGCUUCGCGGGGGUCAAAUGGUACUCUUGGAAGAGAAAUACCAGUGGUGGUGGUGGAGGCAACCAGUUGACUAUCGGGGAGGGCCAGGAGUGUGAUUUAUUGACGUACGAACGCAUGGGGGACGCGUUGGCUGACGCUCGAGACGGUGACGGCAGUCAGGAGCUCGCGUACCAUGUGAUCCUGUCGCUGAACAAGGCCGAGUGGCCGCUGGACGUGCCUCGGGGACCUGGACUGCGACGAGCGGACAUGGCCUUUUGUUUUUUAUUCCGCAAAGUGUGCGAGGACCUGGUCGAGUGCUUUACGCUGCUGGACUAUGACUGUCGAACGGCGGGGUCGUCGAGACGAGCGGCGGACGCGGAGAUGGCGGACCGAGUGCUCAUGGUCACGAGGUUGCCGGAUUGUGCGCGGGCAAAGGUUCUGUCCGGGUUUGUCCACAAGGCGAAAGCAAGGCCGGUGCUGAUGAGCAAGACGUGUCUGCGGUGUGGCUCGAGGAGGAAAGUGCUGGAUCCGUUGAGGAAUUGCUCUGUGUGCAAGAAGUCGGUGUGCCAGAAGUGUUUGCAGCUGAAGGUCAUCUUCUCGAUCAACUCGCGGACGCACGAGCCGGAGACGGACGCAUUCUGCAACAAGUGUCUCGCUCGGAUUGACAUUCUGACCGCGAAGAAGAACGCGCAGCACAAUACAGCGACGUCUGCGAGUGGUGAUAGCUCGACUGGAGGAAGCGUGAAGGAGAAGGACAGGGAGAGUCACUCUGGGGGUUCCAGUGGAAGCAGCAGUCGAAGCGGGUUUAAGUUCUGGAAGAAGAACAAAAGAGAGCCAAGCCCGAGACCGGAGAAGGAGAGG